AUGAUACUGUGGGUGUGUUGGAUAGGCGUGGCAAACAGUUUCAUCCGAAUAAGUGGUAGAUAUAAGUGUGUAUUGAACGGUGGUAAAUGCUUGCAAGUUGGUAAAAUGUCUAACUGCCUCUUUGCCUCCAACUCUACUUCCCUUUUCUCUCCCAAUGGCAACGCUGAAUCAUUAGAAUCCACCACCAGCGUCAAUGAUAUGGAGACUGAGCAUUGUGAUUAUGAAUCUCAUCAAUCAGAUUUGAAUUAUGAAUCAGUAUUUGAUCAGGAGACCACCAAUGAGAGAUUCAAGAAUAAUGCUAAUGAAGCGGUGGUAAAUCAUUUGGUCAAGAAACCCAAAUUUGAAGUGGGCUCCCUGUUUAAUUGCACGGUGAAUGUUCCAAAUGACGAUAUAAAAUCGCCGUUUUUUGACCCUAGAAAAUUUGACACAGAUAAAUACAUAUCAGCUGCAGAUAAUCUUAAGGGUUCAUUCAAAUUUAAAUUUAUGGCAGAAAUUCUUGACAGUAUUGAAGAUUUGCAUUAUUCUGGAACAGGGAGUAGGAAAUUUGUAUUCACAAUACUAACAAAUUUUUUUCGUGUGCUAAUCUACUACAAGCCAACGGAUCUAAUCCCCUCGGUAUACAUACUACAAAAUAAGCUUUCGCCUGAUUACCAGAACAUCCAACUUGGCGUAGGAGAAGCACUGAUCAUUAAAGCAAUGUCUAAGGCAUACAGCCGUUCAGAAAAAAAUCUGAAAGCUGAACUUCAAAAAGUUGAAGAUUUGGGAUUAGUUGCUGAAGCAAGUACCUGUACAUUCACUACGUUAGUCAAGCCUCCCGAUUUGACAAUUAUGCAGACUUUUCUCAAAUUCAGAGAUAUAGCCAAUUGCCACGGAAAAAAUUCUCAGCAAUCAAAGCUAGAUAUUAUAGGGAGAAUACUUAUUUCUGGAAAAAAGUCCGAAUCAAAAUACAUAAUUCGUUUUCUGCAGCAAAAACUACGCGUGGGAGUAAGCAUUCCAACGAUUAUCCAAUGCUUAGCUGAUGCAUUUUACCUUACUAGACCAAAUAAUGAUAAUUUGAUCAGCGAUAUACGAACUUCAAAUUUGUGCUUGGAAAGUGAGGAUACAAUUGAGAGCCUGGAGCAGGUACUAAAGGACAUCUACAGUGUCGUACCAAAUGUAGAGAUAAUUGUUGAUAAACUAUUAAAGGGUUACCUUGGGAAACAACUAUUAGAAUCUUGUGGCAUCACCCCUGGCAUCCCAGUUCAACCAAUGUUAGCUCGUCCAAUGGGCGGGCCUCAACAGGCCUUUGACAAAAUGAAAGGGGUAGAAUUUACUUGUGAAUACAAAUAUGACGGGGAGAGGGCUCAGGUGCAUAUGAGCGAAGAUGGUGUUUUUCAUGUUUUUUCACGCAACAUGGAAAACGCCACUGAGAAGUAUCCGGAUCUAAUAAAAAUUAUAAAGUCAUCAGUUGACCCUAGUGUUAAAUCAUUUAUUAUAGAUUCUGAGGUUGUGGCGUUUGAUCGUGAAAAAGGCAAGAUUUUGCCCUUCCAAAUCCUAACUACCAGGAAGCGAAAGGAUGUGGAUGAAAAUAAUAUCAAUGUAAAUAUUUGCAUAUAUCCCUUCGACAUGUUAUAUUUAAAUGGCCAUUCAAUAACUAGGAAGAAUUUAAAAGAGAGGAGGGAGUUUUUGUACAGCAGUUUCAGGGAGAAAUUUGGAGAAAUCACUUUUGCUAAAUAUAAAGAUAUAGAAACUGUGAAUGAGUUGCAGGAGUUCCUGAAUGAAUCAAUUGCUAACAAUUCUGAGGGUUUGAUUGCCAAGACUCUAGUUGAAAACGCUUCUUAUGAACCCAGUAAAAGGUCAUUGAAUUGGCUCAAGAUUAAGAAGGAUUAUGUGGAGGGGAUGUCAGAUUCCGUUGACUUGAUCCCUAUUGCCGCCUUCUAUGGGAGUGGUAAACGUACAUCAAUAUUUGGCUCGUAUUUACUAGCCGUGUACAAUGAAGAAUACGAAACUUUCCAAACAGUGUGCAAAACUGGAACCGGUUUCACAGAUGAAUUGCUAAAAUCAUUACAUGAGACUAUGAAAAAUUUUAUAGUCAGUAACAAACCUGUUUAUUAUCAAGUAUCGGAUAAAAUGGAACCCGACAUAUGGUUCGAGCCUAAAAAAGUGUGGGAGUGUAAAGUGUCAGAUUUUAGUUUAUCACCCGUUCACACCGCUUCCAUUGGUACCAUAGAAAGUGAUAAGGGGAUUGGUAUGCGGUUUCCCAGAUUUGUAAGAGUGAGAGAGGAUAAAGAAAUCUAUCAAGCUUCAAAAUCCAGCGACAUAGUGUACUUUUAUAACCAACAAGUCAAUAAAGUCUAG